AUGGCGCCUCUAGCCGUGGACACUCUCCAAAACGACCUUGUCAGCAACUCUCCCUCGCUCACUCCCCCCGAAACUCCCAUUUCAGCAGGCCCAGGCGAGCAUGGCGAGUCCUAUACCCAGAAGCCCAUUGUCGAGUUCAUGUACGACCUAGAAAUCGAGCGCGUCAACAACGGCGACGCCAGCAGCGCAUCCAUCGAGUUUGGCCGCGGAGCAUGGAGCGCAGUAUACAAAGCAACAACUUCGUGGACGCCACAGUCCAAAUUCAAUCAUAGUUAUUCUGGCAGCCCAAUCUUCACUCCGCCUCACUCCCCAGUCCCAUCGCGCAGGACCGUUGUCGCUGUAAAAUCCCCGUUGCCGUCAUUGCGGCGCGACGCGCAGCCAGUCCUUCGAUCCGAAGCGUGGAUUCUCAGCUUAGUGACGAGGGCGCGGACUGACGAUGAACACCAACAACAAUAUGUCGUCCCCUUCCACGGCUACAUGCCCGCCUCGCACUCGCUAGUUAUGCAAGCCAUCCCGCUCCUACUAUCAACUCAUAUCGAAGAACGCGCCGAAAUCGCAAAACGACACUUCUCAACGAAAACCAUGUUUGAGCCCGUUCUGUCCUCGGCGCAUUGGCGCGACUUGGCGGCGCAGUUGAUUAACGGGCUGAAAUGGCUUCAUGGCACGGUUGGUGUUGUGCAUGGGGAUAUCAAGCCGCAUAAUAUCCUUUUGCGUCGUCGAGAAUGCGCUCGGAGUGGCUGCGAUGCUGCGGAAGGGUUUCAGUAUGACGCUUUAUACGCUGAUUUUUCGUCGGCGCAUCGGAUGUCGCCCUCCUCCUCCUCCUCCUCCUCCUCCCCCUCCUCCAGCUCCUACGACGGAGAAGAAGGAGAGGAACAGGAGCAGGGAAAGAGUCAAGUUGCAGACGCCGGCGCAUCGGCGCUAACACCGCCCUUCGCGGCGCCCGAACUCAUGACUGUCGCUGCGAUGAAGUCGGCUACGAUUCCCACCACGCUAGCCUCUGACAUAUUCGCGCUGGGGCUCACGCUGCUCGCUGCUGCAACGGGCGAUACGCUUGUGUACUCGCACUCCGGCACGAGCGAUAUACAGCGUCUCGCAAUGUCGCGCGAGGGAUAUCGCGCACUCGACUACGUGCGUAGUGGACCGCAUGCGUCGCGCGUAGUGCGCGAUGGGCUGGUUGAGAAGGUUGUUGCGCCGGCUAUUGUGAAGGAGCCGUGCGAGAGGGUGUUGAGGGUGAUUUGA